UAUGUGUAGCCAAAGCAUAAAGUAAAAUAACCGCAGAAUAUGCUUUGCUCUGUUGCACAGAUUAUCCCUUCCUUCCUUCCUUCUUAUCAUUUCUCUCAUUAAUUUUCUCUUCUCCAAAACAACCACCAUUUAAUCCCUAAACCUAAUCCUUAUACUUUAAACCCUUACUCACCAAACUGUUCAUAGUUUUGUGAUUUUUUUUUCCACUAAAAAUUGUGUUAUGGAGCUUCUGACGGUGGUGGAUGAUUUUUUUGUCACGGCUUCCCUGGCGCUUCUUCUCACCUUCAUCGUCUUAAAGCUCGUUGAGGUCAUCAACGACACUCACGCCAUACCAAAACGUCACGUCGUCCACCGCGAACCGGAUCGUCCGGUUUCUCAUGCCGAACAACGCUUCACGGUUCAGCCCGCUCCAGCCAAGACCAAGGUCGGUUUCGUUAGUCCGGUUCAGGAGGAAUUUGCCACGUGUGCAGUAGGAACCGAACACAAGAUAGAAAAAAAGGCUGCCGUCAAACCGGUUCGUCCUCGUGGGAAACGGUUCACGGUUCAUCCCGCUCAAAGCAAGAGUGGCGUAGAAACAGAAUGUAAUAGAGAAGAGAUUGCAGUCGAACCGGAACGCAAGAUAGAAGAGGCUGUGGUCGAACCGGUUCCGGUUCAGACCGAGGUCACUGUUGGUUUAAUUAGUCCGGUUCAAGAUGACACGUGUGUAGGAACCGCAGAGAAGAUAGAAGAGGCUACUACGGUAGAAUCCGAUAAAAACGUUGAAGAGGAAAUCGCUGAGGGCAAUGAAGGAACACAAGAGUUGGAUGAUUCUGCGGAGAAGAGGAACGUGAAAAGCGUUGAAGAAAUCAGCGUAGAACCUUCAACUGAAAUUGAAGCUUCUGUUACAGAUAGCGGCGUAAAAGAGAACUUCGAUGAUGAUGAUGAUGAUUGGGAAGGGAUUGAAAGGAGCGAGUUGGAGAAAGAGUUUAUGGCGGCUACGAAAUUUGUUAGUGGCGAGGAAAAUCGAUUGGGGGGUGCUGGAAGCAAUUUGAGGAUGGAGUUGUAUGGGCUUCACAAGGUUGCCACCGAAGGGCCAUGCCGUGAACCUCAACCAAUGGCUCUCAAGCUCGCCGCACGUGCCAAGUGGAAUGCUUGGCAAAAACUGGGGAACAUGAAUCCAGAGGUUGCAAUGGAGCAGUAUGUCAGCCUUCUUUCGGAUAAAUUUCCCGGAUGGAUGAAAGAUACUUCUGCUGGAAUAGGUGAACAUGAAACCACAAGGCCUGAAGUUUCUGAGUCUGCUGCUUCUGAUUUGAGCACAACUUUGUCUAAUCAACAACAAAUGAUCACAACUGAAAGGGAGCUUGAACAAGAGUCUGAUUCCAAGGACCGUAGCCCACUUACAGUGUCAGAUUUGGAGAACAGUGUUAACAAAUGAUGGCAUCUCUCUGCUAAUAUCCCGCGCAACGGGACAUUCUCCUGCAUUUAUUUCGUCAAAAAGAAAGAGUGAUUCAAGUAUAUAAGGAAGUACGAGAGAUUCUUGGGCUGUUUGUUUUCUGCUUUGUUCCUUAAAUUAUUUGUUGAUCAUGAUGUGUUCUAUUGUUCUUCAAUAUGCUCAAGUUGUUAAUAUAUUUUUUGUACAUAAAUAAAUGUGUGUAUAGGAUCAUAUGCGCAGCCGAAGAUUACGUACUUAUGGUUGUUAAAAACUAAUUAUCAAUAUCAUGUCACUCCUGUGGCAUUUCAGAAUGUUAUGCUAUCUAGUGCAAUAUCUCAAUUUGACCAA